UUGGGUUUCAUUUACUUUGUGCGUUGAUCUUGUUGAUUUGGGUCUAUUGCAUGCCUGAUCACAAACUGCGAUUGGAAGGGUUGGCUAUCAAUCCAGCCUGGUGGGCUUUCUUCACGGCACAAUCCGCAUUCAAUGAUUUGGGAUUUACAUUGACUGCAGACUCAAUGCUUUCCUUUAAUCAAUCAGCAUUGGUAUUAGUUGUGUGUUCAUUCUUUAUUGUCAUUGGAAACACAGGAUUUCCGGUAUUUUUACGAUUCAUCAUUUGGCUCUUGUUUAAAACAGCCAAGCCAUUGUCAUUAUAUAAGGAAUCAUUGGGAUUCUUGUUGGACCAUCCACGUAGAUGUUUCACAUUAUUGUUUCCCUCGGCACCCACUUGGUGGUUGUUUGCCAUUUUGGUGAUACUUAACGGGUUUGACUUGGUGAUUUUCUGUAUUGUUGAUUUGAAAGAUAAACCAUUUGAAACUAUCCCCAUGGGCUACCGUGUUCUUGGUGGACUAUUCCAAGCAUUUUGCACCAGAACAGUGGGAUUUACUGUAAUGGACUUGUCGGAACUUCAUGCAGCCGUGCAAGUGUCGUAUAUGCUUAUGAUGUACAUCUCCGUGAUGCCGUUGGCAAUUUCCAUCAGAAGAACUAACGUUUAUGAAGAACAGUCGCUUGGGGUGUAUGCUCGAGAAAACAACCAAAGCGACAUCGAAAAUGGCACUCCUUCAAACUAUGUCGGGGCCCAUUUGCGUAAUCAAUUGUCGUAUGAUAUAUGGUAUAUCUUUCUUGGGUUGUUUGUGAUUUGUCUUGCUGAAGGUGGUAGGUUGCGUCAACAGGAUUUCCGCUUCUCGGUGUUUGCCAUCUUAUUUGAGAUUAUCAGUGCUUAUGGUACCGUGGGGAUGUCAUUGGGUUACCCCACUGUGAACACGUCACUCAGUGGACAAUUCACUGUUAUUUCAAAACUAGUGAUUAUUGCCAUGAUGAUUAGAGGAAGACACAGAGGGUUGCCAUACACUAUUGAUCGUGCUAUUAUGUUGCCCGAUGCCGAAAUGCGGAAACACGAUCGCAUGCAAGAAACACAUGCUUUGCAAAGAAGCAAUACUUUGGAACAAUCAGCCACGCAUACUUUGCGUCGUGUGGCUACUCAAGGUGGAAGUGGGGGUCCUAUUGACGCGGGACAGAAUCUUUUAGGACGGGUUUAUACAAAUGUUCAAGAUUAUAGAAGAAGAAGACACGAGCGGAAAGAAGCCAAGAAGUUGACUAGUAGAAACCCAAAUUACAUUGUUACUACUGUGAGUAAUAUAUAGAAUAAACGAUAUUUAUUUUU